UCAAUGAGUACUUGUCCGUUCACAUUUAGUUGCAUCUGCUCCGUAGUCAGUGGGGUCAUAACCUCUCUUUGAAAGCCCCCUCGAUCAUAUCCAUUCGUGCCGUUCUAUUUCUCCCGCCAUCCAGGGGUCCUCUUUGGCGAGGAAGCCACGACGUUAACCUCUUCGGCCGCCACCCGCGUUUCUAUUUUUGCAUGCCACAAAUUCUCCCCUCCUUCAGGCUGGCCCUGGUCUUGAGGGAAUUGAAUCACACAUCUGUCGCGCGCCAAUGUUUGAGAGCAGAUAGGACGAGGAGCAAAUCCCCAACCGUGCGCGAGCACGGCUUGCCAAGGAACGACCCUCCAUCUUGGUACCUGAGGAGGCCAAGCACGGCGGGCCGCCCCGCUUCUUGCGACCACAAUGAACACUUUUGCGAUUCGCCAUUGCCGCCGUUACUUGAGCGAUCAAACCCUUCCAUAUCCGCUUCCUUGUGACCUACCUGAAUUGCACCGCCAGAAUUUGCGAACUGUCCUUCUGACGACCGUAUUUGGCGCCCCGAUCUGCUCGCCGGCCCUCGAGGCGAAGCCACCCCGCAAGGUGCUGGAUGUUUGUUGCGGCACUGGCUUGUGGUCGUCGGCCUGUCAUGACUACUUCAGCCAAAAGGGAUAUUCUGACAUUUCGUUUACCGGUCUCGAUAUUGCUCCAGUGGCGCCAGAUCUGACUGCACAAGGCAUCAAUUGGCGUUUCGUCCAACAUGACCUCCGUAAUGGACCUUUGCCAUUCGCGGACAACGAAUUUGAUCUCGUUUUCGUCAAAGACUUAAGUUUAGUAGCACCUUCUCCGGCCCCUAUCCAAAAGCUCUUCGAGGAAUAUGUGCGUGUGCUCAAGGUUGGAGGGGUCUUGGAAUGCUGGGAGGCCGAUCACACUGUUCGAGCGAUUCUCCCUAAUCCGCCUCCAGCGCCUGGUGUCUCUGCAGGUGAUCAGAACCAGGCAGACGCGACAUCAACAAUUACUACGUUUUCUGGAACACCCUUCAUUGUGGCCCAAAACCAAUUCUUGCGCGACUACAAUGCUUGGAUCACAAAGGCAUUUGAUAAACGGACGCUGACACUGGUUCCUUGCACGAUUGUUGGUCCCAUGUUUGUUAAUGAGUCUGAUGUACUCAAGGAAAUAGGAAGUCGAAGAAUAGCCAUUCCAUUUGGAGAAAUCAAUUGGGAACGGGAAGGUGCUGCAGGCCUGCGUGGGAAAACCGGAGACGCUAGUAAGCGUCAAAGCCCCUCCGACAUGGCAUCUUAUUCAAGUUCCAAGAUUAUUUCUACCAGUAAUCGGACCCUAAAUUCCAACCAGCUGGCUGUGAGACAAACAGCUCUUGUGAGCUUCAUACAGAUGAUUGAAAGUCUGGAGCCAAUCCUCAAGGACGUCAGCGGCAAAAGCCAAGACGAAUGGAAUCGAUGGUGGGCAGCAAUGAUGGCAGAUCUCUCAAAAGGAACCUCUACGAGCGAAUGCUUGGAGGUUGGAGCCUGGUGGGCUCAAAAGAUUUGACGACAGUGCUUAUGGUCUUUCCUCUUUUGCAUGCUUUGCUCUGAUUUCCAAGCAUUUCAUAUUUGAGGCUUGUCAUAGCGAUGGCGUAGCGUUCGGUAACGUUUCAAGUAAUACCUAUAUUUGUCUUGUCAGUGUUAUUGUGUCCCUUUUUUGAGCUAUAGAAAAUAGAUUCUGGCUGGAAUAAGUUCAAAAAUAGAAUCCCUACAUGGUCUCAAUUUCUAAUUCUCAUUAUUAGCAACCCUUCACGUGACC